AUGGCAGACGAAGAUAACUUUACAUUCUCUGUAAAGAAUAUUAAACAUUGUGAAGAAAAGUCAAAUGAAUUCUUUAAAUGCGCAACUAAUAACCAAAAGGAUAUUAAUAAGUGUCUUGCACAAUUAAAUACAUUCAAGACUUGUUGUGAAGAUGCUGCCAAUCUACCAGAUGAAGAACACAAGAUUCAUCCUUUGGUACUUUCACUUCAAUAUUACUUCCCAAGAAUCUUUACAUCUGAUUUACCAAGAGAAAGAACUAUCCUUGCAGAUACACUUGCCUAUAUAGCUCCACAAAUAUUUGAUCCAAAGGAAGACGAUGAUGAUGAAGAUUAA